UGAUGGCGCUGAAAGAGGAGAGUCAAGAACUGCAUGAAAUGAAAGACAAAGAUCAAAAUGAGAAACAUCAUGAUUUCAAAACUGAAGACGUAUCAAUUAGAUACUCACAGACUGAAAAGACUUCCUCACCAAAAAAAGCUGAAAAAACACAAAACCUUAAUUCUCAAAUGAGAAUUCAUACUGGAGAGAGCUCUUUCACCUGCCAACAGUGUGGGAAGAGUUUCUCACGGCAAAGGACCCUUGAUGUCCACAUGAUCAUUCACACUGGAGAGAAACCUUUCACCUGCCAACAGUGUGGGAAGAGUUUCUCACGGAAAAGGACCCUUGAUGUCCACAUGAUCAUUCACACUGGAGAGAAACCUUUCACCUGCCAACAGUGUGGGAAGAGUUUCUCACGGAAAAGGACCCUUGAUGUCCACAUGAUCAUUCACACUGGAGAGAAACCUUUCACCUGCAAACUGUGUGGGAAGAGUUUCACGUAUAAAGUAAACCUUAAGACUCACUUAAGAAGUCACACUGGAGAGAAUUCAUUUGUAUGUGAUCAGUGUGGAAAGAGUUUCAAACAUAGUGCAAAUCUUAAUAACCACAUGAGAAUUCAUUCUGGAGAGAGACCUUACAUCUGCAAACAGUGUGGGAAGAGUUUCACACAAAAUGGAGGUCUUAACAAUCACAUGAUGAUUCACUCUGAAAAGAAGCCGUUAAUAUGCCCUCAGUGUGGAAAGAGUUUUACACGGAAACAAAACCUUGAUGUCCACAUGAUCAUUCACACUGGAGAGAAGCCUUUCACCUGCAAAAUGUGUGGGAAGACUUUCACGUAUAAAGGAAACCUUAAGACUCACAUAAGAAGUCACACUGGAGAGAAUCCAUUCACAUGCCGUCAGUGUGGGAAGAGAUUCAGACAUAGCGUAAACCUUAAUAAUCACAUGAAGAUUCACUCAAGAGAGAAGAGUUUUAAAUGUCAUCAGUGUGAAAGGAGUUUCACAGACAUGAAUCACCUUCAGGAUCAUGUUAAAAUUCACAUCGGAGAAAAGCCUCUCAUGUGCCAUCACUGUGGAAAGAGUUGCUCACGAGAAGAUGGCCUCAAGAUUCACAUGAGAAUUCACACUGGAGAGAAACCUUUCACCUGUGAACAGUGUGGAAUGAGUUUCAGGGUUAAAGAAUACCUUCAGAUUCACAUGAGGAUUCACACUGGAGAGAAACCUUUCACCUGUGAACAGUGUGGAAUGAGUUUCAGGGUUAAAGAAUACCUUCAGAUUCACAUGAGGAUUCACACUGGAGAGAAACCUUUCACCUGUGAACAGUGUGGAAUGAGUUUCAGGGUUAAAGAAUACCUUCAGAUUCACAAGAGGAUUCACACUGGAGAGAAACCUUAUAAGUGUCCUCAGUGUGAGAAGAGAUUCACAUUUCAAAGCAGCAUGAAACGUCAUUUGAAAACUCAUUCUGGGAAGAAAUAGCCGUUUUCUUCAGUGUGGCGAGGUUUAGAAAAAGUAGUAAUUUUUACAAUCAUCUGCGCAAUCAUUUUGGUAGACAUUCAAUUGUAGUCAGUGUAAGAAAAACUUUUUUUGCCAUCACACUUACAGAUACAUGUGUAAAGUGUGUGGGA